ACCAGGGCAUGGUUCAUUCAUAACUAAGCAAUCACCGUACAGAGGACGCUUAAAUAUGAAAAUCCAUUCCUUCAAGCUUCUGAUUGACUAUGACUGUCGCACCAUACUCUUGCUUGUCUAGCGAACCGCCCAUGAAUACCAUAUUUGGCACAGGUGUAACCAACGGUUUACUCAUCGGAUGUGAAACAGUGGAGAGAUAAAGAUUGUAACCGCAUUCCGUUCCGUUUGCUGUUUUCUAGUGCGACAUAAACAUGGACGCCUUACGUCGUGCGAUGAAGAAGAGUCCCAAUGUGUUGCGUGACGGCUUUGGGAAGUCCCGACACAAGAAGCUGCCAGAGGGUUACAAUGAGAACAAAGAAGCUGUUAAGGAUGGUCUUACAUUCUACAUGAAGUACCUGGGGUCCACACUGGUAGAGGAGGCAGAUGUUGGGGAAAGUUAUGGUGACGGUGCCAGCACCAAAGCUGUACAGAAUAUUGUCACAAUGGCUAAAGCAUUGGGGAAAAAAUUGAAAAAGGUUGCCCUCACGGCAUCACCAACCGGUAUCCAGGUCGUGGACAUGGUUUCUAAGGAGAUUAUCCAAGAAACAUCAAUAUACAGAAUAUCAUUUUGCUCAGCUGACAAAAGCCAUGAUAAAGUUUUUGCUUACAUGGCUAGAACAA